AUGCCAUUGGAGAUGGAGCCCAAAGCCAACAAUCUUGUUUUCGGGUGUCAGCGAAGCUCAACGUCUGAUGAUGACUCUGGCUGUGCCUUGGAAGAAUAUGCCUGGGUCCCCCCAGGCCUCAGACCAGAGCAGGUCCAGCUGUAUUUUGCCUGCUUGCCGGAGGAGAAGGUCCCUUACGUUAACAGCCCUGGAGAGAAACACCGAAUUAAACAACUUCUUUAUCAGCUGCCACCCCACGACAAUGAGGUGAGAUAUUGCCAGUCUUUAAGUGAAGAAGAAAAGAAGGAACUGCAGAUGUUCAGUUCUCAGCGCAAAAAGGAGGCACUCGGCCGAGGCACUAUUAAACUACUCUCAAGAGCAGUGAUGCAUGCAGUUUGUGAACAGUGUGGUACAAAAGUAAAUGGCGGUGAAGUUGCAGUUUUUGCCUCGAGAGCUGGGCCUGGUGUGUGCUGGCAUCCCUCGUGUUUUGUGUGCUUCACGUGUAACGAGCUGCUCGUUGACCUUAUUUACUUCUACCAAGAUGGGAAAAUUCACUGUGGCAGACACCAUGCUGAACUUCUCAAACCUCGAUGUUCAGCCUGUGAUGAGAUAAUUUUUGCUGAUGAGUGUACGGAAGCUGAAGGUCGCCACUGGCACAUGAAGCACUUCUGUUGCCUUGAGUGUGAAACAAUCCUGGGUGGACAGAGAUACAUCAUGAAGGAUGGGCGACCAUUCUGCUGUAAUUGUUUUGAAUCUCUUUAUGCAGAAUACUGUGAGACCUGUGGGGAACACAUUGGUGUUGACCAUGCUCAGAUGACCUAUGACGGACAGCACUGGCACGCUACAGAGACUUGCUUUUCUUGUGCCCAGUGCAAGACCUCUUUGCUUGGCUGCCCUUUCCUCCCAAAGCAAGGGCAGAUUUACUGUUCCAAAACCUGCAGCUUGGGAGAGGAUGUUCAUGCCUCCGACUCUUCUGAUUCUGCAUUUCAGUCUGCUCGAUCCAGAGAUUCCAGGAGGAGUGUUCGCAUGGGAAAAAGCAGCCGGUCAGCCGACCAGUGCCGCCAGUCUCUCCUCCUGUCACCGGCCCUCAAUUACAAAUUUCCGGGCCUUUCAGGCAAUGCUGAUGAUACUCUCUCUCGUAAGCUGGAUGACUUAAGCCUUUCAAGGGAAGAGGCAAGCUUUGUUAAUGAAGACUUCUGGAAAGGAAGAGUAGAGCAAGAAAUGCCUGAAGACCCUGAAGAAUGGGCUGAACAUGAAGACUACAUGACUCAACUUCUUCUGAAGUUUGGUGAUAAAAGCCUCUUCCAGCAGCCUGCUGAAGUAGAUAUUAGAUCAAGCGAACACUGGAUUUCUGAUAGCAUGGUUAAGAGCAAGUUGGACUUGAAAAAAAAUAAUCCAAGCCUAGCAAGUAAGAAGUAUCAAUCAGACAUGUACUGGGCCCAGUCACAAGAUGGCUUGGGUGACUCAGCAUACGGCAGCCACCCAGGCCCUGCCAGCAGCAGGAAAAUCCAGGAACUAGACAUGGAACAUGGGGCAUCAGGAUACAAACAUGACCAAACACCAUGGUAUGGAGGUUCACUUGAAUGUUUGUCUGACCUGAAACAGCAAGAACAAAGUGUUCGAGACUCAAUGGAUUCUUUGGCUUUGUCUAAUAUCACAGGGGCUUCGAUGGAUGGAGAAGGCAAGCCACGGCCAUCUCUCUACUCUUUGCAAACUUUCCAAGAACUGGAGGUAGAGGACUGUGAGAAAAUGAGCAAUAUGGGAACUCUGAAUUCUUCAAUGCUCCACCGGAGCACAGAGUCCUUGAAGAGUCUGAGCUCAGAGUUGUGUCAGGAGAAGGUCUUGCCGGAGGAAAAGCCAGUGCAUAUGCCUGUGCUGAGAAGAUCUAAGUCCCAGUCUAGACCACAGCAAGUGAAGUUCUCAGAUGAUGUUAUUGAUAAUGGAAGUUACGAGAAUGUUGAAAUCCGUCAGCCUCCAAUGAGUGAAAGGACUCGUAGGCGUGUUUACCAUUUUGAAGAGCGUGGAAAUCGGCCAUCUCAUCAUCGUAGAAGAAGUAGGAAGUCUCGUUCAGAUAAUGCACUUAACUUGGCCGCAGAAAGAAGAUGUUCUCCAAGAGAGAGGUUUCGUUAUUACUCCCCUCAGGAUCAUGAAAAAUUUAUUCAGAAUAGAAGCUCACGUGAGAUUCGGGCAUAUAUUCAAAAUGCAGAGCUGUAUGGACAAUAUGCCCAUACUAGGUCUGAUUAUGCACUGCGGAAUCAGGUGGCUGAUAAAUUUUUUGGAUUGUAUGGUGAGGAAGAUGAUUCCUGGUGUUCAACUUCAUCUUCAUCAUCUGAUUCUGAAGAGGAAGGGUAUUUUCUAGGACAGCCAAUUCCACAGCCACGAUCACUGAGAUAUCCAUACUAUACAGAUGACCUUUCUGGUCCAACUACUGCGUUAUCUAGUUCUCAGUUUGGACAAAGGACAACCAAAUCAAAGAAGAAGAGAGGACACAAAGGAAAAAAUUGCAUCAUUUCUUAA